AUGACUGAUUAUGCAGAAAUCACAGCUUUUGAUAUAGUUGGUAAUGUAAUGAUAGUCUCUUUCCAAGACAGACUAUAAGGCUCUAAAGGUGAAGAUGAAGUACAUAUCAUGUCUUAUGAUCUUUCACAGAAAAAGACGUUGUGGCUAUUUAAUAAGAAAGAUGAUAAGAAUAUCACGUUAUCAGUUAAGAUUAGAUAGUAGGAAAGUUUAAUUAUAGCACUAGCCCUCAAUAAAAAGAUACUUUACAUAGAUUUAUUAUCAGGCAAUUUGAGAGCUGAGUUUGACAUAAAUUACUAAUAUACUGAACCAUUUUUAAUUGUGUAUGAUAUUUAUGGUAAAGCAUAUAUUGGCUUAAAUGGCUAGCUUCAAAUCUAGGAGACUUUGGUGUAAAAUUUGAGAGGUUAUUAUGGCAACUACCUAUAGAUUAGAAUAAGCACAAUAGAUUCUUCAAAUCAUUAAAUUUAUUAUCAAUCAGCUUUUAUCCCAGGCUAAAAUUCAAAUCCCACAAUUUUAUUGUACUCUUUGAGUGCUGGCUCUGAUUAUUGUGUUGGCUUAAUGGCGUAUGAGCAUUUUUCUAACGAAAGAAUUAUUGGUCUUUCAGUUUUAAAUAUUACAACAGUAACAAGGAACUCAACUGCAAGAUUUUUUGUUAAAGUUUAACCAACUAAUGAUGCUGUAUUCUUUCAAUAUAUUGUAACAGUAGAAGAUAUCAAAAGCCCAGAUAAAAUGAUAUUCUAAGUAUUGCAAGAUUAUCCAUAUAAAAACACAUAGUUCUUUUCAGCGCUGAAUAAAACAAACAAGCGAUUUUAUAUGCAUGGACUUGUCUAUUAAGAAACUGGCUAAUAUCCUUAGGCAUUUAUCAAUGAGUAUUAAGAUGAUCCUUUUUGUAAUUAUUAGCAACCAAUUGGCUAAAGUUGA